AUGUCGGAUCCCGACAGUGAUGGCGGCUGGGUGCCCACGACAGAGGCUGCAGGAACCUCUCCACCGUUUGGCUGCGGUGGCGUCGCCGUCGUCAUCGUGUUGAGCAGGCAGCUGGCGCGCGGCUCCAUGAAUACAGAGCCCGGCCCGGCACGGCGCGGCCCCCCGGGAGCGCCGCUGCUGCUCAAUAAUUCGCAGCCGACACUCGCCGCCGAGCGUCUUCGCGCGCCGUUCCAUUUGGUCCGCGGCGGGUUCCAGCCGCGCCUUCCGACUUCGCUGCCGCCCCCGGGGCAGCAGCAGCAGCCGUCGCCGCUACCACGCAGACAGCCCGUCCCGUUGAUGCCUCCCGCGCAGCUUCAUCCGGGAGCGCCCCAGGUGGUCGCUCCGGCGCCUGCGGUCCCUCUUCAGUCGCCACCGCCUUCGGAGCUGAUGGACGUCGACCCCUCAGCCGGGCCGCCUUCCCAAGCGGUGGCUGUGCAGCCUGUCCUGCAGCCGCUUUCCUUGGGCGCCCCCAAGGAGUCUGACACCGCAGCGCCUUGUCCGGCGCCCACUCAGCAGCCGUCGACGCAGCGUCAGGAGACGCUGCCUCUCUUCGUGGGUCCCGACGCCCCGUCGCGUCCAGUACCAGAAGCUGCGCCCGUGGUCACAGGCUGGAUGCAGCGUCGCCUGGCGGGCGCGCCGGCGGCAGAAGGCGUCGCGGGUAAUGAGUGCCGCAGCCCACUCGCUGCGUCCGCGGAGCGCCACGUGCCGUUGUCUGGGGCGCCAGGCGGCCGCGCUCCCCCUGGUGGCUGCGGACGCUGCAGAACAAUGCCACGCCGCUGCAGCUAA